CCCAUUGAAGCCCUCCGACAAGAACAACUGAGAGCGUAUUUGUCACUUUUUUUUUCCCGAGAAAGUUUUUCUAUAACGCCUUCUCUUCUUCAAUUUGUGAAUAAACAAAUUGGAAAUUUCGAUUCGUUUUUUCUUCUGUUCUUUCGCUGACCGACAAGAUAUCAGCCGGGACGUGGAGAGCCGCCGAAUCCUGAUUAUCAGUCGUACCAGCAGAAACAUCAGCAGCAACAACGGCAACAGUGGUCACGUCGCGCUGGAAACGAUAAUGAGUCAAGAAGACGACGUCGACGUCACUCCUUUAAGUCACAAUCCUUUCUCUUAUCCUCAAGGCAUGAAUCUCUUCUCGUUACUUGCCUACCCUCUCUCUUCACUAUCGGUUCACAGCGAGAAUUGAACAUAAAAGAAAUGGCGACGACACAACUUACAAUAUCACCAGUUACUGUGUCAGCCAAGAGCUUAGCCUCGCUCAGAGUUUCGAGUGCCAAGCUUGGAACUUUGAAACCAGGCACCCUUAAGCAGAGCCAGUUCCGUUCUUUGGUUGUCAAAGCUGCUUCUGUCAUUGCUCCUAAGUCCACUUCAAUUAAGCCAUUGGGAGAUAGAAUUUUGGUGAAGAUCAAGGAGGCAGAGGAGAAGACAAUGGGAGGUAUCUUACUUCCAUCUACGGGUCAAAGAUCAAGGAGGCAGAGGAGAAGACAAUGGGAGGUAUCUUACUUCUAUCUACAGGUUAAUCGAAACCUCAAGGAGGUGAAGUCGUUGCUGUGGGUGAAAUGGGAAUUAUUGGGAAGAACAAAGUUGAUAUCACUGUCCCUACUGGAGCACAAAUCAUUUACUCCACAAGUACGCUGGAACUGAGGUGGAGUUCAACGAUGUGAAGCAUCUCAUUCUCAAGGAAGAUGAUAUUGGCCUUUCUUAGUUGUUUAUCUUUUAUUUAUGUAUUUAGGAUGUUAUUUAAAUAUUUUGGAUGUUUCAAAUUUGGUAGGAUAAUGCUUUUGAAUGUUUAAAACUUGGUGUGUUGCAUGGA